GUUUUCUUUUCCAUUUUUAUUAAUUUAAAAAAACUGAAAAAUUAAUUAGUCCCAACCACACCUAGUUUAGCUAUACCCCAAUUGGUUGUCCUUUGUGAGUACUAGUACUAUGGCUGUAGCUUAGCUUCUCCUCUGGAUUAGCAGAGUGGUAGUAGAAGUAGAAGUAGUAGUAGAAAUAGCAGCUUAGCUCCAGCUCUCUCCAAUUCUGCAAAUGGGGCAUAAAAUUUAGAAACAAAGAAGGAGAAGAGCUCAAAAUAAUGGAGCUGGUUGCCCAUUGGGGAGACAAGAUCGAUUUUUUUUAAUCCCCUGGCCCUAAUCCUUCUCCAUUUCUCUCCCCUUAUAAGCAACCGGUGCAGCUGCUGCUGCUGCAUCACCACCGCCUCAACGAAGAAGAAGAAGCAGCAUAAGCAGAAGCACACGAAGGAGCUCGAGAUCACCGGAGCAAGAAGAAGAAGAAGAAGAAGCGGCGGCCAAGAUGACGGGAUUUGGAUCGCCGUGCGGCGCGUGCAAGUUUCUGCGGCGCAAGUGCGUGCGCGGGUGCGUGUUCGCGCCAUACUUCUGCCACGAGCAAGGGGCGGCGCACUUCGCCGCCAUCCACAAGGUGUUCGGCGCCAGCAACGUGUCCAAGCUGCUCGCCCACCUGCCGCUCGCCGACCGCCCCGAGGCCGCCGUCACUAUCUCCUACGAGGCGCAGGCCCGCCUCCGCGACCCCAUCUAUGGCUGCGUCGCCCACAUCUUCGCCCUCCAGCAGCAGGUGAUGACGCUGCAGGCGCAGCUGGCGUCGCUCAAGGCGGCGGCGGCGCAAGGGAUACACCACCAGGACGUCGGCGCCACCACCAAGGGCGGCUACAUGAGCGCCGCCGCCACCGCCGCCGACGACCAAUUAGGGUACGGCGGCUACAACCAGUGGUGCGGCAGCAAUGGGGGCGGCGCGCCGGCGGCGUCGCAGCCGGGCGCGUAUAGCAGCAAUGGCGGCGCCGGCCACGGCCACGACUCCAUCACCGCGCUGCUGGCGGCCGGGUCGGACUACAUGCAGCACUCGCUGUACCACGCGUUCGAGCACUCGGAGGGCGCCGGCGCCGUGGACGACGGGCACGCGGCCGCCGCGGCCUUCGAGGCGGCGGCGGAGUCGUCGUCGUGCGGCAUGGCGGCGUCGUUCGCCGCCGACGAGAGCGUGUGGAGGUCGUCGUCGUCGGGAUACCAAGAUUGCGAGGAUCUCCAGAGCGUCGCCUACGCUUACCUUAACCGCUCGUAAGAUCGAACUAAGAACUACUACUAGUGCAGUGCAGAAUAUAUAUCAUCACAAGAUAUAUAUAGAGAGAGAUAUAUAUCUCAAUCUCAUUAAUUCCUGAUCAUGUUUUGGACUUGAUAUGAUCGAGUCUGCAGCUUGGGCCAAAUAUGUGAGAGAGUUUCAAAGCUUAGCUAGACUCAGAUAUGAUCGAUCUCUGCCAGCAAUAAUUCGGAUGGAUCGAUGUGAGAGUUCAUUGGUAUCGAUCGCUGUAGAAACCUAAUUAAUUAGAAAGCAAAAAUUUCUCUUGUCAUAUGAUCAUAUGCA